AUGAACACUGGGUUGGUUGGAAAAAAGGAGAUCAGUACCUUGACUUAUAGGAUGCCAGUUGCGGUAGCCAGUUCAUUUGCAUAUCAGAAAAUGCAUAUUAAAUCUGACCAGCAGGUUUCGAUGAUGUUUUCGUAUCAAAGUAGUAUUGGAAGCAUCUAUUCGAUGGAACUUUGUGUGAAGCUUCAAGAUGUGGGGGGUAGCUCAUCUAGUUCGAAUAAUAUGGAGGAACUGUGGAAUUUCGAUUCAGAUGAAGCCAUUCCAUUUUCGGAGAUUGGCAGGGCUCGUACUGCACACGGGUUGGCUGACUCGUCUGACGAAGGCGAGAUUGAGGAUGAUAGUGGAGAUGAAGCAGAAAUUGUUCCGGAAACCCAACCAGUUCAAGAAGAAACGUUUAGCCCAACUUGGGUUGAACCGAUAAAUGUGAUGGGGGUAGGCGAUUUUUCAAGCAGCACUCCCGGCCAAUAUCUUCAACUGCGUCUUGGUCCAAUGAACUCGACUACCGCGGAAGACAUACCGAACAACUAUGCUUUGACCAGUGAAAUGGUACUGGAGAUUGGCCUGAAAUUCCUGAAUAAAAAAACAGCGAUGCUAGUGGUUAAGAACUACAACAUUUGUAGAAGUGCAGAAUUCAAAGUGGUAGAGUCAGAUCAUACUCGGUAUGUAUGUCGAUGCAAAUUCUUUGGUGAGCAGUGUCGCUAG